GAUGGGUCUACUGAGUAAAAAGGGUACUAAUGUAGAAUCGGGAGAUGGAAGAGAAAAAUCUUAUCAAUGGCCUACUUUUGAGGAGCUAAAUAAAAGAAAAGCAGAGUUUACAAAACGUUUAAAAGAGCCUUCUCAGAAUACGGCUCAAUUUGAAGACUUUAUCAAGUAUAGGACACUUGGGACCGGUUCUUUUGGCAGAGUGAUGCUUGUUAGGCAUAAUAAAACAAAUGAAUUUUAUGCUUUAAAGAUAUUAGAGAAAUCAAAAAUUGUUAGAACAAAACAAAUUGAACAUACUAUUAACGAAAAGAACAUUCUAAAUGCCUGUAAACAUCCUUUUAUCGUAGAUUUGGCAUUUUCUUUCAAAGAUAACGUGUAUUUAUAUAUGGUAUUAGAAUUUAUUGAUGGUGGAGAAAUGUUCUCUCAUUUAAGGAAGAUGGGAAAAUUCUCUGAAAAUUUAUCAAGAUUUUAUGCUGGCCAAAUGAUACUGGUAUUUGAGUAUCUUCAGCAUACAAUACAUACCACAGAUAAUGAAGAGGAUUUAGAAUAUCCCAUAAUUAUUCAUCGAGAUAUUAAACCGGAAAAUAUCCUUAUUGAUUCUAAAGGAUAUUUAAAGUUAACGGAUUUUGGAUUUGCUAAGGAGGUAAAGAAUCGGACAUGGACACUUUGCGGAACACCCGAGUACCUUGCUCCUGAAAUAAUACUCAAUAAAGGUUAUAAUCAGUCGGUUGAUUGGUGGGCGUUGGGAGUUCUCAUAUAUGAAAUGUCAGCUGGCCAACCACCUUUCGUUGCAGAUCAACCAAUUCAAAUAUAUGAAAAAAUUGUUGCGGGUAAAAUAAAGUGGCCAAACGAUUUUUCAUCAGACUUGAAGGAUCUGCUUCGAAAUUUAUUGCAAAUUGAUCCUACAAAAAGGUUUGGUACUCUAAAAAAUGGAGUCACGGAUGUAAAAGCGCACAAAUGGUUUAGUCAAUUUGAAUGGAAGAAAGUUUAUGAUAAAAAGAUAGUUCCAGAAUUUAAACCUAAAUCGAAAGGUAAAGGUGAUGCCAGCAAUUUUGAUGCUUAUACAGAAGAACUACUAAAAGUAGCAGAGUUUGAUAGGUAUUUGAAUGAAUUUUUGGACUUUUAG